UCAGAGACAGCUGGUAUAGUGGGAGAGAGGAUAUAUUACCUACCUAUACUGAGAGGAGGAGGACACAGGGUUCUAGACCACACAGCAGAUCCCUGACAACACGCUCAAAGCAGCAGUGAGGGUUGUGAGAGUGUCGCGGAGACGGACUCAGUCUUCAGGAUGGCGGCAGACAGUAACAAGGAUUCACUGCACUACCGCCGCUCGCUGGUCAUCGAGCCGAAAACGACCACGCAGUUCAACCAGUUCCUGCCCACCAAGGACAAGCCAGCGGCCUAUGUGCCAGCGCCGCUACGCAAGAAGCGGGCCGAGCGCCAUGAGGACAGCCGCCGGAGCUGGGCCAGCCCCAUGUACACGGAGGAAGAUGGCACCUUCACCAGACUGCUCCAAAAGCGCGCCGUUGCUAACGAAGGGAGCAAAUCAAUGACAGACCUUGCAGUGGACCAGGCAGCACUGAAGCAGGUAUGCUACGAGGAGCUACAGAAGAUCAGAGAGCAGGUCAAGGAGAACGAGGACCAGUGGCAGGAUGACCUCACCAAGUGGAAGAACCGUCGCAAGAGCGUCAACUCUGAUAUUGUGAAGAAGAAAGAGGAGAGGGAGCAGAUUGAGCAGACCACAGAGAGCAGCGGAGGAGGGAGCGGUGGUUUCCUGAGGUCCAGCCGGAGCUCCAUCGGCAGUCGUCUCAACUCCCUCGCCGCCCUGGACCAGGACGUGUUUGAAGACUCCACUCCGGUCCUCCAAACCCGUACCCUCCCCCCCAGGAGCUACACCAUCGACUAUCCCUACACCCCCGUUGAGCGCCCCAGUCCCACACCCCCCUCCGUGCCCCACCCGAGAGAGGAGGACCCCGCCCCCACCACGGCAACCGACAGGGCCUACUCAUCCUCCAGGGGUGACAUGAGCAACAGUAGUGACCGUCCCUCCGGUUCAGGUAGCGACAUCACAAACAACACUACCACCAUCGGUCGUACCUCCAACUACAACCGCUACGUUCUGACACCCUCGGAGAGAACCCCGACCCCCUCGGAGAGAGCCCCGACCCCCUCGGAGAGAGCCCCGACCCCCUCGGAGAGAGCCCCGACCCCCUCGGAGAUAGCCCCGACCCCCUCGGAGAUAGCCCCGACCCCCUCGGAGAGAGCCCCGACCCCCUCGGAGAGAGCCCCGACCCCCUCGGAGAGAGCCCCGACCCCCUCGGAGAGAGCCCUGACCCCCUCGGAGAGAGCCCCAAGCCCGGCCUUGCGGUACACCAGCGCAGCCAAGAUGGAGGAGACCUCCAGCACCACCACCACCCCCAGCUUCCUCCCAAAACUACCCGAGCCCAGGCGCCCGUGGGCAGGCAAGGUGGCUGAAGAAGUGACCACUUCCACUGGUGGUGGUUCUCUGUACAAACUACAGCCACUGUACAACUCAAUGGAGCAAAAGCCUGUGCCUCCCAGUGUGUCUCGGGUUUCUGCCUCUCUCCCCAGGAGCUACAUGAAAUCGGAUAGUGCUCGCCUCACCUCUGUCAUCACGCCACGGCCCUUCGGGAGCCAGUCCACCUGCGUCGCAUCGCUGCCACGCGCCUACACCAAAAGUGUGAACGGCGAGAUGGAUGUCACCAAGAAGUCGUCGGCCCCCAGCCGCUAUAGCCAGGUCAUGACCUCCGAGGACGAGGCACGUUCCCACUCCAACUCUGCCAACAGCAGUGGAGGAGAGGAAGACGAGGAGGAGGAAGAAGAAAAGAGUGAGAGGGUAAGGGGAGUGAACCCCACACUGGUCCCUACCCUGGCCCCCUCUCCUGUCCCUCCUCAGACCAGGAGUCCUUUCACUGCACUCCAGCCCCCGAAAAUGGCCUCCUCAGCCCCGGUCAGUCCUGUACCUGCAAAGGACACAAACCAGGAGAGCUACGCUGACAUGCGGAUCAGUCUCAACCAGAAGCCCAACAGCAGUCGAGACUUUGGCUUCCAGACUGAGUGGGACUCCACUGGAGCACACAUCACCUCCAUCCAACCAGGCAGCCCAGCGGAGCUGUGCCAACUGCAGGUGGGAGACGAGGUGCUGGCGGUGAGUGGACACAGGGUGGCAGAGAUGAGCUACGGCGAGUGGAAGAGCAGCACAGAGCAGGCCCUGCAGCAGGGCAGCCUCACCAUGGACAUACGGCGCCACGGCAGGAACAACUGGGACAGAGACCUACCUUCCCUGCCGUGCAAAAGCCAUAAGACCAUCAAUCUGACCAGUAUGAAUCAUCAUCCAACACUUAUAGGUUCCCCCAACACAGCCACUGUUAACUCAACCACCAGCUUGGCUUUCACAUCUCAGGGAUCCAUAGAAACCACCAAGGAAAUCGACAUCCAACAAAUCAUUGAUGUGGCAUCCAUUGGAGUGAAUGGAGGUUCCCGUGACAAGACAGUGACCAUGAAAAACAAAGAGUCUGUAGAACCCAUAUCUUUGAAAAACUUAAAACGGAGGUCAGAGUUUUUUGAACAAGGAGGAUCAGAUUCUGCGAUAUCAGAUAUGCCUGUUCCCUCCAUCGCUCCCUCUAACCACUGGUCCUGGGACCUGGAGGAGGAGCGCCGGAGGCAGGAGAAGUGGCAGAAAGAGCAGGAGCGACUUCUACAGGAAAAAUACAGUCGUGACCAGGAGAAACUGGAGGAGGAGUGGCGUCGAGCCCAGCAGGAUGCUGUGACUGACGGGGGCAGACACCACCAAGAAGAGCCGAGCAGCAAGAGUCUCAGCCUACCCUGCCCUCUCCGCCAGCCCAUCCUGCCCUGGGAGGACCAGGAGGAAGAGAGGAGGAGGAGGAGGGAAGAGGAGGAGGCACAGCGAAGACAGGAGGAGGAGAAGAGGAGAAUGGAGGACGAGCAGCGAUGGCAGGAGGAGAGGAUGAGAACGGAGGAGCGAGAUCUGCUGCGUCUUCAGAAGGAGAGGAAGAGGGAGGAGCAAAAGGAGGAGGAGAGGAGACAAAGGAAAGAGGAGGAGCUGAGAUGGCAAAGGAGGAAGGAGGAAGAGAGGGAGGAGGAGAGGAGGCACCAGGAGGCUGCUAAUCAACAACACAUGCAGAAUGCCAGAAUGCAGGAACAGCAGCAAUGGGUGGGAGACUCCUGUGGCUAUACCAAGGUCCAGCCUGAGAUAUCAAUGGCAGACAGGGCAAAGUCCAAAUCUACUCCAGAGCUAGAUGACGUGGAGAAACGAGAGACUAAAAACUGGUAUGGCCGCUCGGGGGGCAUGGCCCAGAAGUUACUGGAGGAGGAGUUGAGACGUAAAGCAGACAAAAAGGCCCAGAGUCUCCAGGCCGCGUCCGAGCUGGAGUUGGAGAGGAGAAACAUCCUGAAUGCCAUGCGAUACAGAGAGCCAGAAAGAGUGACUAGCAGCAGUAGGCUGGACGAGGCAUCGUGGAGGAAUGGCCAGCAGAGCCAGUCCCAGGCAGAGCUAGAGAGGCAGCAGAUCCUGCAGGAGAUGAAGAAGAAGACCCAACUGACCACAGACAACAGCUGGAUCCGCCAGGGAAAUACCACCAGCAAGGACCCCACUGCCAGCCUCAUCAGCAGAGGUGAGUCUCUGGACAACCUGGACACUGCGCCCCGCUCUUCUUGGCGCUCAUCGUGGUCAACCUCGUCCAUCGGUGGUGGCGGUGGUGGCAACAGCGGCAGCGGGGUCGGUGGUCGUCCCGGCUCAGCCACUCUGCCCUCCUCCCUCUCCAUGAGCUCCCUCAGAGGGGCUGGCGGGAGCAACCCGUCUUCCUGGUCCCAAUGCUCGCCAUCGCCAUCUCCCUCCCCCACUCCUCCUUCUGGCCUAGAAAUUGAGUCACGCCCAUCCUCGCAGCAACGCAGCAGGUCAGUGAGUGGCAAGAAAGUCUGUACAUUCUGUGACACGGUCCUGGGCAAGGGAGCCGCCAUGAUCAUCGAGUCCCUGGGACUCUGUUAUCAUUUGACCUGUUUCAAGUGCAUUGACUGCAAGUCCGACCUGGGAGGAUCGGAGGCCGGAGCUGAGGUCAGAAUACGGAGCCGACAGCUCUACUGUAACUCCUGCUACGUGCGAUUCAAAACUGGACAGCCAACCUCCAUGUGACAUCACUGUACUACAGCAGAUUCAGGAAGAGACCAUUCUUGACAAUAACACAUGAACACUGCAAUCACGACAACAAGCCGUAACACUUUGCUAGAUGACAAGUUUAGAUGUAUUAAUGUGUAUUAUGAUUCUGCAAAAAGCCCUUAUUCUUCAAUGAACUACUACCUUAUUAUUUCUUAUUACUGUAUCCAUGAGAGGGUGAGAUUGACAAAAAAAGUUAACAUGUUGAUUUCAAAGUAUUAUUAUUAUUACCGAUUGCUUGUACAAAUUUUGAGGGACGUGCAUGCACCUGCAAGUUUGAGAGUUUUACAUGGAAGUAGGUUUGGAAAAUUCUGAAAACUUUCCAAAAGUUCCCAGGUUUUUCAGAAAUCCCAGAUGGAGAGUUUGGGGAAUUUUGCAACGCUACCUGGAAACAAUACUGGAAAUUGAUGUUGGUGUUGUCCAUAAGGUUAUUGAUCCUGAUUCCUUCAUAUUUCAGAAACAUAAGAGUUUUUGUGCUAGGCCUAGGGAAGCCUGUGUUUUCUUCUACUUUGGGGUUCCUUUUCAUCUGUGCCUUUUUUGUUUGUGAUGGUGGGAAGAUUAUUUAGAUUAAAUGGAUUCAAAAGAUAUUUAAAACAAUGGCAUGGUUGGUUAGAGAGAGUGAGCAAUUAUUGGGGAGUUGUUGUUCUUUCUCAUUAAUAGAAUGAAUCUUAUACAUUUGAGAUGUUAAGAUAAUUUUUGCCAGAGAAACAAUAUAUAAUAUAUGGGAUUGAGGCAAAUGUUGUUCAAUAACAUUUGUAAAUAAAAAUUGUGAUCCAGA